AUGCCGGAUGGUGCCCUGGAUGAGGAGGACGAGCUCAACUUCCAAAAAUGGUGGGGUACAUCGGAGAGGCGGCUAAACGUGGCCAAAGCCAUGAUCCGCGACAUCUCCAUCAGCCUACGUGAAAAUCAGCGCCUUGAGUCCUUGGAUGCCGACGCCGGGCUGGACCAGGUGGUCCGUGAGCAGAAGCAGAAGAAGGAGAGGGUGUACACCCAGUGCCGCGAGCAUCAGAACGUCAUAGACACCUCUUACAGCUGUCUGCAGGAUAUGGCCCGAGCGUCAAAGCAGACGGUGGACAGCAUCACGCAGCUGACGCACCAGACUCCUAGCAGCACCCUGAUGCUGGGUUGA